UUUUUUUUUUCCAUUUACAGAGCUCAGUUCCUGAGCAUGGCUGCUCCAGAACAGGAAGAAAGCACGCAGCCCUUUGCUGUAACUUGCAGCUGUCAGAUGGCGGAAGGGGGCUUGCACAGCGAGUCCUAGCUCCCACGGCAACGAGCACAGCGGCUGUCCCUCUCUGGCGGCCGUAAGGGCUGGCGAGAAGGCCGGCAAAGGGCGCUGCGGAGAGCCGGCCCCGCGGCGGGACGAGGCGGGGCGGCCAGCACAAGGCGGGGCGGGGCGGCGGAGACGGAGGGAGAGAGGCGCGCCCGGAGCGUCGCGGCUGUCCCGCUGGGAUGUGCGCGGUGACGCAGAUAGAUGACACUCCUUGCAUUAUAAAGCACAUGAGGUGCAAUGGCUGAUCCCAUCCACUGGACGCGGUAUCAUUGGCAGCAACUGAUGUCUACAGAAGGUAGAGAAGAACGCAACAGCAGCAGCUCAAGUAAAAAGUGCUAUCAAUCACCAAAAACUGUUGGCAAACAUAGGAUAGUGAUACCCUGCUUGGGACAUUUUAAGGAAGAGUAUGAAAAGGUAUCAAAACUGUACAUGAACAACAGAAUAAGGACUACAAAAUAUACUUUACUGAAUUUUAUACCACGCAAUUUAUUUGAACAAUUUCACAGAGUUGCCAAUUUGUAUUUCCUAUUCCUAGUUGUUUUAAACUGGGUUCCUCUGGUGGAAGCUUUCCAAAAAGAAAUUACAAUGCUACCUCUAAUAGCGGUUCUGACAAUAAUUGCCCUGAAGGAUGGUCUGGAAGACUACUCAAAAUAUAAGAUGGAUAAGCAGAUAAACAACUUGCUAACCAAAGUGUAUAGCUGGAAAGAGAAGAAAUACAUAGAUGAACGCUGGAAAAAUGUCAAUGUUGGGGACUUCAUCCGGCUUUCACGUAAUGAAAUUAUUCCUGCUGACAUGGUGCUGUUAUAUUCUAGUGACCCAGAUGGGAUCUGUUACGUUGAAACUGCAAGCCUUGAUGGAGAGACCAAUCUAAAGCAGAGGCAGGUGGUGAGAGGAUAUUCAGAGCAGGUCUCUGAAAUUGAUCCAGAAAAAUUUUCUGGUAGAAUAGAAUGUGAAAGUCCUAACGAUGACCUCAAUCACUUCCGAGGCUUUGUUGAGAAUUCAAGCAAGGAUCGAGUGGGCCUCAGCAAGGAUAACUUACUGCUGCGAGGAUGCACAGUAAGAAAUACAGAAGCUGUUGUAGGCAUUGUGGUAUACGCAGGUCAUGAAACCAAAGCCAUGCUGAAUAACAGUGGACCUCAUUACAAGCGCAGUAAAUUGGAAAGAAGAGUGAAUUCUGAUAUUCUUUGGUGUGUUCUGCUUCUAAUUUUAAUGUGUUUGACAGGUGCAAUUGGCCAUGGAAUUUGGUUAAGUAGGUAUUCAGAAAUACCUUUUUUUAACAUCCCUGAGCCAGAUGGGAAAUCGAUUUCUUCUAUAUUAGCAGGGUUCAAUAUGUUCUGGACAAUGAUCAUUUUAUUACAGGUCUUGAUCCCAAUUUCUCUUUAUGUUUCAAUUGAAAUUGUCAAAUUGGGACAGAUUUAUUUAAUACAGAAUGACAUUGAUUUUUACCAUGAGAAAACUGACUCUACGAUUCAGUGUCGAGCAUUGAAUAUUGCUGAAGACCUUGGCCAGAUUCAGUAUAUCUUCUCAGACAAGACUGGAACACUCACUGAAAAUAAGAUGGUUUUUCGGAGAUGCAGCAUUGCAGGACAGGAGUAUUGCCAUGAGGAAAAUGCAAAGAGGUUGGAAUCCUAUCAAGAGAGGGAUUUGAAAGAUGAGGUUUCAGCUGUUGGUCAUUGUGUCUCUUUGAGCCACAUGUCAAAAUGGAGAGGACAUGACUGCAGAGCUGAGAAUGAAUGUUUGAACAGAAGGUCUUCAAAUCUGUUGUCUGCUAGAUACCCUGCGUUAGAAAGGGAACAUUCAUCAGGUGAUGCUCCCUGCUCAGGACAUGUUGCUUUCAGCAGCCACAUUGAAACGGAUAUUGUACCAGAUAAACAACUGCUGGAGAAAUUCAGACAUAUUUCUUCUCUUUCUUGUCAAGAAUCAGAAGAAGUUAUCAGCAAGUUAGCUUUGGAGACAAUGUACAUCACUGACUUCUUUCUUGCUCUGGCAAUCUGUAAUACUGUUGUUGUUUCAAUCCCCAAUCAGCCACAUCAAAAGAUGAGACGCUCUUCGCUGGGUAGAAUGCCUAUUAAAUCCCUUGAGGAAAUCAGGCAGAUGUUCCAGAGGUUGUCAGUCUGGAGAUUAAGUUCCUCCCCACUUCCAAGUAUAAAAGAGUCAUCAUCUGAAAACCCAAAUAGUUUUGUGAGCAAAAUGUCUAUUUUCAGAAUUAAACUGUCUUCACCUGCUUUGGAUGGGGCUUCUCAAAGUGCUGCUGAGCCUCACAGUCCUGACAGCCCAGAAAAUCCCCAGUUAUCCAAAGAACGUUAUAUGGUGAAUGUAGCUGCUGGCUGUGAAACCCACAGUGCUGAGUCAUCUAUUGAAUGGUCUCCCUUACCUAAGCUUUGCUAUGAAGCUGAGAGUCCAGAUGAAGCUGCCUUGGUCCAUGCUGCUAAGGCUUAUAAAUGUAUUUUACAGUCUAGGACUCCUGAUCACAUAACUGUGGAUUUCGCAGGUCUGGGAUCUUUAACAUUUCAGCUUUUGCAUAUCCUGCCUUUUGACUCAGUGCGAAAAAGGAUGUCAGUGGUGGUUCGGCAUCCAGUCUCCAACCAAGUGGUGGUGUACACAAAAGGUGCAGACUCAGUCAUGAUGGAUUUGUUGGGAACUGCAUCUGAAGACACCAAGAAUUCAGAAAUGGAACAGAAGAAUAUUAAAGAGAGAACCCAAAAGCAUCUGGAUUACUAUGCCAGAAAGGGACUGCGCACUCUUUGUAUUGCUAAAAAGGUGAUGAAUGAUGAAGAAUAUACAGAGUGGUUAAAUAACCAUUUUUUAGCAGAAACCAGCAUUGACAAUAGGGAGGAGCUGCUGCUGGAAUCUGCCAUCAGGCUUGAAACCAGACUAACUUUGCUUGGUGCCACUGGCAUUGAAGAUCGCCUGCAGGAUGGUGUUCCAGACACAAUACAGGCAUUACGGAAAGCGGGAAUAAAAAUAUGGAUGCUAACAGGUGACAAGAGAGAGACAGCUGUCAACAUUGCCUAUGCUUGUAAGCUGCUGGAGCCAGAUGACAGAAUCUUCACACUCAAAUCACAAAGUAGAGAUGCUUGUGCUUUGGUGAUGAACAAUAUUUUAGAAAGCAUGCAGAAAAACACUUCUGACCAAAGAAAAGCAAAUCAGAAACUUGUGAAUGUCUCUGGAAGUCCUUCUACCCAAGCUCACAGCUUCAGUGCAGGCCUGGUUAUUGAUGGAAGGACUUUAGAGCAUGUCCUUCAGGACAGCCUGCAGAAUAUUUUCUUGGAGCUCACAGAAAAAUGUCGAGCUGUAGUCUGCUGCCAAGCCACACCACUGCAGAAGAGUGUGCUGGUCAGACUGGUGCGAAAUAAGCUAAAGGCAAUGACUUUAGCUAUAGGUGAUGGUGCCAAUGAUGUCAGUAUGAUCCAGGUGGCUGACAUCGGUGUGGGAGUCUUGGGCCAAGAAGGCAUGCAGGCUGUGAUGGCAAGUGACUUUGCGAUUUCUCAGUUCAGGCAUCUCAGGAAGCUGCUGCUUGUCCAUGGUCACUGGUGUUAUACCAGGCUUACCAAUAUGGUACUUUACUUCUUCUACAAGAAUGUGGCCUACGUGAACCUCUUAUUUUGGUACCAGUUCUUCUGUGGGUUUUCAGGCACAUCAAUGACUGACUAUUGGAUCCUGAUUUUUUUCAAUCUCCUUUUUACAUCGGUGCCACCCAUCAUUUAUGGUGUCUUGGACAAAGAUGUGUCUGCAGAGAUACUAAUGCAGAUCCCACAGCUGUACGUGAUGAGCCAGAAAUCUGUGGCCUACUUGCCUUCAACCUUUUGGAUAACUUUGCUGGAUGCUUUUUACCAAAGUCUUGCUUGCUUUUUUGUGCCUUACUUCACUUACUAUGGCUCAGACAUAGACAUUUUUUCUUUUGGAAACCCUAUAAACACAGCAGCACUUUUCAUAAUAUUGUUUCAUCUUCUCAUUGAGUGCAAGUCUGUGACUUGGAUUCAUACAGUAGUUAUAGUUGGCAGCAUCCUAUUUUACUUCAUUUUUGCUCUGGCUUUUGGGGCAACCUACAGAACGCAUAACCCACUAUCAAAUCCUUAUCGGGUCAUGGAAAAGCAUAUGACAGAUCCAGUUUUUUACCUAGUGUGCCUCCUGACUACUUGUGUUGCUCUACUACCCAGAUAUUUGCUGAGGGCUCUCCAAGGAACAUUGUUUCCAUCUCCAGCAUUGAGAGCCAAGCACCUUGAGAAACUGAUCCCUGAGGAGAAGAGGGAAACGAUUAAAAGAUGGAAGGAUGAAUGUGUUGUAAGCUGUAGAAUGGAGUUGCAGGUUACUUCUGGGUCUUCCAGCUCAGCCUCAGGUACUGUAUCAGAGGAAGAAAGCAUUGCCAGUAUCGUGCCAGCUUCUAAAAUACCUCUUUGUGCCUGUUCAAGAGAUGAGUUAGUGGAGGAAGAGCCCGGGAGUAGAAAUAACCUGAAUUCUGGAAAGACUGCAUUUCUGAAUUCGAAGAGAACCGAUUCGUAUACCUAUGGAGGUGGUAACUGAUGUGCCAAAGUCUGGCAUACUUUGGAAGAGUGCAGCAGUACCAUUUCUCUAGCAUGCAAAGCAGGUUUUAAUUCUUUGUUAUGUGCACAAGCUGGUUUAAUGUGAUUUACAAAGUUGAAAUGUGAACCAUCGAAAAAUCCAAGAAUAACAACUGCUGAUGUAUGCUACAUUGUGAUUUUGUUGGGUUUUUUUGUAUGUUUGUUUUUUCAGCCAAGGUAAAUGAUACACUCAUUUGCCUAAAAGCUUUUGAGUUUAUGAAGUUUUCUGGUAAUUUAUUAAAACAUUAAAGGUCUAAAUGGCUGGAGGUUUUAUUUUUUCACGCAGUAGACUUUGCAUACUGCUUCUCUCUUUCAUGCAAUGUUGUAUAAUGCCUCUUAAGGACAGGACAUGGUAUGAAUUACAGAUGUGCAGGUUCAGUUCAGGUAAAAUUCACUCUAUAGCAAACCAUGCUACGCCCUUGCAUUGCUGUCCUAUUAUCACAGUGUUGCCUGGGCUACACAGCUUGAAGAAGUAUGAAGCAAGCAGAAAGGCCAGGAUGUUGUGGUUUUAGUUUGUUCGUUACAAAACUUAUCUAAUGUUUUUAACACAGUAAUUAUCUUAACCACUGUGGUCCUGCUCCUCCGUGAUCAUCACAGUAUGAUCCAAACACUAUUUAAGCCAUGAGGAAAGUGCCCCAGAUGAGACACAGAAUUCCCACGUCUCCCUCACAUUACUGCAGAAAAAUCUUUGUGCAGCUUUUAGUUCUCCAUGGUAGAUGGAGAUGCUACAUCCUCUCUCUUUACCUCCAUGUUUCCUUUCAACUCAUUCACCACUGACUGAACUUCUUUUUCUCCUCACUCAGCUUGGAUGUUGACUGCCUGACUUUUCUCUAGACUCUUACCUCAUGCCUGCCAUGGAAAAUUAUCUGCAAGCAGCUGUGGGUAGCUCCCACAUCUAUAGAUGCAGCAGCUUUUAACUAAUGGCAUUUCUCUUCUUCACUCUCAGGUGUUUUCCUAUUCCUUCAGACUUUCAUAAUAAACAACAUAAGCACCUCUAAAUGCUGCUUCAAAGAAGGUGUAGCCAUUUGUUUGCCUCAAAUUUGAGCUCUGUUGUGUAAGUGUCUUGGAGAUGUUCCACCUCUGCCAGUUUCCCACUGCUUUUCACACCAUGUAAGCCGAGAUGAGUAUGGCUAUUUUUAAAUAUUGUCUCCUUUUUUUACUUCCCCACCCAAAAAGCUAUAUGGCCAAUUUACAGAGGAAUUUGUGAAAUUGUUUGUGUCUACUAGCACCUGUUGAAAUAAACUACUUCCUCAAACUGUA